AUGGCUCCUGCUACGACGGGUGGCUCUUCCUCUUUACCAUCUUUGCCGCCGCCUUGCCCCAAGUCACCGCCAGAGUAUCCAGAUUUGUAUGGAAAGCGCAGGGAAAUGGCUAAAGUGCAGAUGCUUGAGAGAGAGAUUGGUUUCUUAGAGAAUGUCCGAGCUGCUGUGAAUGCAAUCUAUGUAACUGCUCUUCCUGCAUCAGCUGCCCAACUCGAAAGUGGUGGUGGGGCUGCUCUUGUCCUCGUCCUCGAUCCCAUUGCUGUAGAAAGAUCUCAUGCAGCAGGUGCCGCUGCAAUUGUCAAUUACCUUCAUGCCGAGAUUGCUCUUGUUGCAGCUGGACACGCUCUUGUCCCAAAUGUCCGAAGGUAA